AUGAGCUGCGCCGCGCUGCUCGGGCUCCGGGGGCCGGGGCUCCUGGGGGCCGCCGCCCGCCCGUCCCGCUGGAGCAGGCGGCGCAGCACCGGCUGCGAGCCCCCGGCGGGCGCCGCCGUGCGCAUCGGCUGCGCCUCGGGCUUCUGGGGGGACACGGCGGCCGCAGUGCCGCAGCUGCUGUACGGAGGGAAGCUGGAUUUCCUCGUCUUCGAUUAUCUCUCGGAGAUCACCAUGUCGCUGCUGACGGCCGCCAAAGCCCGGUCUCCCGUUUUAGGUUACACUCCGGAUUUUGUCUCUGCUGCCAUGGGUCCCUAUAUAAAAGAUAUUCACAGGAAAGGUGUUCGUGUCAUCAGUAACGCUGGUGGAAUUAAUCCACUUGCUUGUGCAGCUGCCCUUCAGGAGGUGGCAAAGAAAGCAGAUGUUGAUUUGAAAAUAGCUGUUGUUGCUGGAGAUGACCUAAUGAGUGAGAAAGAGAACCUAAAAGGAGCUGGUAUCACUGAUUUAGAGAGUGGCAAACAAUUUCCAGAGAGCAUUCAUAGCAUGAAUGUGUAUCUUGGAGCAAGACCAAUAAGCAGGGCUCUUGACCUUGGAGCCGAUAUUGUUGUGACAGGUAGAUGCGUUGACAGUGGGAUUGUAUUAGGACCGCUCAUUCAUUCUUUUGGCUGGAAUAGGGAUGAAUUUGACUUGCUAGCUGCGGGAAGCCUUGCAGGUCAUCUCAUUGAAUGUGGUGCUCAAUGUACAGGUGGAAUAUUCACUGACUGGCAUGCAGUACCAGACUGGCACAACAUAGGCUUUCCAAUUGUAGAAUGUUCCUCUGAAGGAGACUUCAUUCUUUCCAAACCACCAGACACAGGGGGACUAAUUUCUUUCGGAACUGUAGCUGAACAGUUAGUGUAUGAAUUGGGCAAUCCUCAGCGCUAUCUUUUACCAGAUGUCACGUGUGACUUUUCUGAAGUUUCCAUCACUGAAAUUCCAGGUUUUGAUGGUGGGGCAGUGAAAGUUCAUGGAGCAAAAGGAUCGCCUCCUUCAACAUUUUAUAAGGUAAAUGCCACUUACCUUGAUGGCUUCAGAGCUACUGCUGUCUGUCCAGUGGGAGGUCCAAAGGCAGUACAAAAAGGAAAACGCACUGCAGAAAGUAUUCUGCAACGGACUCGUCUUAUUUUCAGUCAGCUUGGGUAUGAAGAUUACAGUGCAGUUAACAUACAGGUUUUAGGGUCUGAAGAUACAUAUGGACCUCAUGCUAGAAGGAGUAUAGAUGGUGGUCCUCGGGAAGCUGUUAUUUGGCUUGCUGUACACCAUAGGCAAAAAGAAGCUUUAGAAAUCUUCUCCAGGGAAAUUGCACCAGCUGGAACUGGCAUGGCACCUGGCCUCACUGGAAUUGUUGGAGGGCGCCCCAGAGUGUCUCCAGUUUUGAAGCCAUUUUUCUUCUAUUAUCCCAAAAGCAAUGUUCAGAUCAGCCUAUUUUUAAAUGGGCAGCAUGUUGAGACAUUUGAGGAGGAUCUCACGUUUACAUCAGAUGAGGUUGUUUCGUCUGAUCCACCUAAGAUCAGCAGUGAAUUGAAAGAUCUGCCAAGUGGUCCACAUACUUAUCGCUUAGAAGAUCUUGCCUAUACCAGAAGUGGAGACAAAGGCAACUCUGCAAACAUAGGUGUGAUAGCACGGCAUCCCCUCUACUAUCCAUACCUAAAGAAAACUUUAACUGCUCAAGCCCUGGAGAAUUACUUCCAACACCUUUUAGAGCGAGAAAAACCUGAAGAAGAACUAGUAACACGAUACGAGUUGCCAGGAAUCCAUGGAUUAAAUUUUGUUCUGAAGAAUUCCCUUGGUGGUGGUGGCAUAGCAUCCCUAAGAAGUGACCCACAGGGCAAAGCACUUGGACAGAUGCUGUUGGAUUUCCAGAUUAAAAAUGUUCCUGACUUAAAAUCACUGAUAGAGUAAUAGGUGUUUAAUACAUAUGCUUUUAACACUGAGUGGUAUAAAAACAUGUUAUAAACAAGAACUGGCUUCUUGAGUGAGAUUUUUUUUUUAAAGUCAAAGAGUAGAAAUUAGUGACAGUUAUCUCUCAGAGGCUUAGCUAUAUGGCACAGAUUAGCAAAUGUUUUGAGUAAUACCAGACUAAUAGCUUUGUCUGUGACUGAUAACAUUUCCUGUCUAGAUAAUACAUUGGAUGAAGAAUUAAUUUAUUUCCUGUAAAAUAGAAUUAAUCAAAUUACAACGUAACAUUUAAUUAUGAGACAAGAUAAUCUUUGUUCUAAGAUGGAAAUGACCUCCUGUGCAGUCCGUCUUUCUUUUUCCUUAUCUCAAUCUUUAUUUGAAAAUGAAAUGGACUGAUGUAGUUGAGCUCCUGUCAGCUGUGUUUGUCCUGUGCAUAGAGUGAGGCUGGGUAACCUGUUGUGCAUAGCUGUGAAGUCAGCGCUGUCUGGUACUGGGGAACAGCUUUCCCCAAUGGGCAAUAAAGAAGAGUAAUAAUUGUUACUGUUAUAGAGUGAUGGGUAAUAAAUGCUGACCGUUGAUGGUGAACCAUCAAACUUCCAGCGCUUUGUCCAAUUAAUGACAGACUUUAUUGUUACAAUUUCCAACAUCUCUUACUAAUUAAUCCAUCGGUUGAAAGCACUGACUAGUAGUAAAUCACAGAUCCUGGUGUGGGAAUAAAUUUGAAGAUGAGGAAAGGAGAGUGCUGGGGGGUAGUCCGCCUGCUCGCUCUCUCUUGGUGCAAUCCUGGCAGGGAGGAAGUGGGGCCAGGUGGUGGAGGGAUACCUCGUUUUGUUUCAGGGCUGCUAAAUCCUCAUUUUGUGUAGCAGUCCUGCCUGGAUUAAGUUCAUUUGACUGUCAUUGCAUUGCCCUUCCCACAGAAAGGUCCACAAACUUCACAGAAAAAUCUGUCUCUUUCUGGGAAGGAAUAGUAUGUUGAAUGCAGUGUGCUCUGUGUCUCUUCUGACUCCCAGUUACCACCUCUCCAUCUCCCUUCCUGCACAAUAUUACUAGCAUGUUCAAAUUAGGAUGCCUCUGAACUUCUUCACCUGAUUAAGCAGAGACUUAAAAAUCCGUAUCAUACUUGCUGGGACAAUAUCAAGGUGGAAAUUCUGGCCCAAUAACUGUCUGUAUUUCCUCCACAGGAGCCAUAUAAAUAUUAGUCUGCAUGUUCAGGCAUUUUAUAUUCAGCAAUUAAUAUUUUCCUUUAUUUUGGGGAGACUGUAUUAAUUGUUUAGUGCUGACAAAAUGAGACAUUACUAAUAUCAGAUAAAAUGAUGAAAACAGUUUCGGUGACAAUUACAAAAUACCUAUCUGUUAAUUGUUCCUAAAUCUCAAUCUGUGCUACUGUUAUUACUAAUUUCCUAGCCUCUUGCUUGCUAAUAAGGACUAUACAAUGAAUUGUUCCCACCUUUUCUGUGGUUUUGUUCAUUUGAAUUGAAGGUAUCAUAAAUGAACGUUUUAUCCAUCCGAACAUGUUAUUCUCAUAGCGAGUCAUAAGUACUAUCUGUGUAUACAGCAUGGUUCAGUCUAGUUGUCAAAAAAUGAAUCAUUACUUCAUUGCAGAAAAAUACGCGACUGCAUAACUUUAAAGGGAAAAGUGGCAUGCUGUUUUUAUGUUUACAGUCAUUGUUUGUUAGAAAACUGUUAAUAAUUUGAAGCCUGUUAGUUUAGCAAAACAGACAAAGGUAUUGAGAGGAAAUAAAAAAGUGAUAGACCUCAGCAGCAAACCUACAAGGUUAAAAAGGCUACGGUAAAUAUUUGCAGUUCACUCAAUAUGCUGCUUAAGUGACUGUAAAUGUGUAUGCAAUAAUUUUUGAAUAAAACUGAACAUCUGUAAAG